CAACACUGUCAACUGUUUUCUUAAAUUUAUGUCACUUGUCAAAGUCACUUCUAUAGAAAAAAAUCAGAAAAUGUGUGGUGGUUUCAUAAAAUUGUAAUUUUUCUAUCAGUUUUCAUUUACUGACUGAAGUUUGCAGCGUCUGCAAAAUUUGAAUCGGUUUAAUUUAUCUCGCGACCGGCUUUAUAUAUUUUUAGUAAAAAAAGAAAUGGGUAACGUACACGCUUAUUCCAGUGCACCACCACCCCCAGGAGCAAGGAGGGACCCCUUCGAUCCGAAGCAGGUCAUCGAAAACCCGGGCCCUCUGGAAGAAAUUCACUCAAAGUGCAAAAAUGUAUUCCCAACUUGCUUCGAAGGAGCGCGAGUGCUGCUCACAAGAGGACUUAGCAAUCACUUCCAAAUAUCUCACACUAUAAACAUGAGUUCAGUGACUCCUAGCGGGUACAGGUUCGGUGCUACCUACGUAGGGACAAAGCAAAUAUCACCCACAGAGGCUUAUCCUAUUUUACUAGGAGAUAUAGACCCUUCGGGAAAUCUUAACGCAACCGUUAUUCAUCAACUUUGCCCUAAUAUUCAAGCAAAAUUUGGAGCACAGAUUCAAAAUUCCAAAUUUCAAGUAGGCCAGUUGACAAUGAAUUACAAACGAUCUGACUACACUGCUAGUUGUACAAUAGCCAAUCCCGACAUAAUUAAUGGCUCUGGUGUAGUUGUUCUACAUUAUCUUCAAGCCGUUACCGCCAGAUUAGCCCUCGGAACGGAGCUUGCUUACCAAAGGGGACCUGGUAUUCCGGGAGGGGAAAUUGCUUUGCUCAGUGCAGCUGCCAAAUAUUCAACUGAUAAUGUACAAGUGUCUGGUACAUUGGGAGUGUCUGGUGUGCACCUUUGUUAUUACCAGAAGGCUAGUAAACAGUUACAAAUUGGAGUUGAAUUAGAAGCUAAUCACAGAAUGCAAGAGGCUGUAGCAUCGAUCGGAUACCAAGUAGAUUUGGCGAAAAGUGAAGUUUUAUUUAAAGGCCAUAUCGAUUCAAACUGGUCAGUAGGGGCAGUUUUAGAAAAGAAAUUGAGCCCUUUGCCUUUCACGUUAGUUCUUAGUGGAUUGAUGAAUCACAAUAAAAACCAAUUUCGACUUGGUGUUGGAAUAUUAAUCGGGUAGAUUUUUUUAAAUGAAGAAUUAGUCUAAAAAUUGAUUGUUGGACUAUUACCAAUUAAAGUUUUAUGAAGUAAUACGGAUGCAUUUUUUAAUAUUUUUUGUUUCAAGAUGGCAGGAUAAAAACGUAAAUUUGUUUAAAAUUAGUUUGCAUUUCAAUUAGAUGUUUGUUGUCUUGUGAAGAAAUAAUUUCAACACGCACUAUUUUAUUUUGCCCUGAGUGCGAUUUUUAGAUUUUGUAAUUAUUUAUCUAAAAAUGUGUUGAUUUCAGUUUUUUUGUUACUUUUUUACAGUUAUGAAUUAAUAGAAAAUAUAUUGUUGAAGCAA